UUUAGUAAGUAAAUGAAAAAGCUGUAGUUAGAUUAGAAGCAGUGUGGCAGCUUAAAGCAUUUAUGCGAGCUUUUUUUCUUAUUUUUACGCGCUGACAAAUAGUGCAGCGCUCCAAUAGCACAGGACCUGAAAUUUGGCAGUCAAGCAGCCCACACCAUUGGCCGUGAAAGGCUUGGAAACAGUUCCAGUGCUGAUCCCGAUUUGAACUAUAACUAAAACAAGUUAAAACAAGUAAAACAAAGUUGCAUCUAAGUGGACGAGCGUGGCAGGAGGCGAACAUGGCUUUGCCAGAUAGUGGCAUAUCUGCAGAGGAGAUACCCUUUCCAGAGAUCAUAGAGCUCAAUGUCGGUGGGCAGGUGUACAUAACCCGCUACUCUACACUCACAAGCGUGCCAGACUCUCUGCUGUGGGAGAUGUUUACUCAAAAGUCAGCCAAAGGACUGGCCAGGGACACAAAGGGGCGCUUCUUUGUAGACCGUGAUGGUUUCCUGUUUCGUUACAUCCUGGACUACAUGCGUGACCAGCAGCUGGUCCUUCCAGACCACUUCCCAGAGCGCGGUCGUUUGCAGAGAGAGGCUGAGUUCUUCAACCUGCCAGAGCUCGUCAGGCUUCUGGCACCCAAAAUCAGCAAACAGAACUCCCUUGGUGAUGAGGGAUGUCCUAGUGACACAGAGGACUCCUCACCUGGGACUGACACCUCCCGUAACCUCGGCUCUCUGGGUGCUGCUGCUGCUGCCUGUGCCAGCCUGGUGCCCGGCGCCAUGGAUGGCAAACGUUCUGGGUUCAUCACUAUUGGCUACCGAGGCUCCUACACCUUGGGGCGCGACAGCCACACGGAUGCCAAAUUUCGCCGAGUGGCACGGAUCAUGGUGUGUGGGAAGACCUCCCUGGCUAAAGAGGUGUUUGGGGAAACGCUGAACGAGAGCCGGGACCCGGAUCGCCCCCCUGAGCGCUAUACAUCCCGCUACUAUCUCAAGUUCACCUUCCUGGAGCAGGCUUUUGACAAGCUGGCAGAUGCAGGCUUUCACAUGGUGGCCUGCAAUUCCACAGGAACCUGCGCCUUUGCCCACGAGCAGACGGACGACAAGAUCUGGACCAGCUACACUGAAUAUGUGUUCUACCGUGAGUGAGACUAUCGGCUUUGUUUCCCCGGUCCCCUCACCCUGUAUCCAAGAACCCCCCUCCCCCUCCAGCCUCCAGCCAUCCUGUCUUUCUCUCUCUGAUGGCUUCUGAACCAGUAGAUGUACUGUAGAUGUUGUGCCCUUCCAUCUCUCUUUACAGCCUCCAGCUUUUAUCCUGUGAACAGUACCUGGCCGCUGCUCUGACUCUUCAUACCUUCUCUGCAGAUCGAACCUGCAGCCUUCCCCUUCAACCCCGAAUU